CGUAAGUCGGGCAGCAGCGUAGUCGCUGCAGCCGCAGCCGCCGCCACAUUCAACAGGCAGCAGCGCCGCCGUCGCGCCGCCCGAGCGAGCGAGCGAGCGGCCCGCGGCGCGUCCAGCCCCUGUCCGCCGGCCCUGUCAGCGGGAGCGCGGCGCCGGCGCGGCCGGCCCGGCGUCUCUGGCUCGCCGUCCAGCCCGGGCAGCGGCCCCCGAGGAGCCUGGAUGGUGACGGACCCGCGAAGUUAAGUUCUGGGCUCGCGCCGCGCCGCCUCCGGCUUCCGCCCGCCCGCCCGCCCGCCCGCGGCGCCGGCCCCGCCGGCCCGAAUCUCGGACGCGCCCCUCGAGCCCCUGCCCCUGGACGCCCCGCGCCGCGCGCGGCCCCUUCUCGGCUCUCCGCGACUGGGGGAGGGGCGGGGGUCACCAUGGCCGAAGCGCCCCAGGUGGUGGAGAUCGACCCGGACUUCGAGCCGCUGCCCCGGCCGCGCUCGUGCACCUGGCCGCUGCCCAGGCCGGAGUUCAGCCAGUCCAACUCGGCCACCUCCAGCCCGGCGCCGUCGGGCGGCGCGGCCGGGAACCCCGACGCGGCGGCGGGCCUGCCCUCGGCGUCGGCGGCCGCUGUCAGCCCCGACUUCAUGAGCAACCUGAGCCUGCUGGAGGAGAGCGGGGACUUCCCGCAGGCGCCCGGCUCCGUGGCGGCGGCCGCGGCGGCGGCGGCCGUGGCCGCGGCGGCCGCGGCCGCUGCCGCCGCCACCGGGGGGCUGUGCGGGGACUUCCAGGGCCCCGAGGCGGGCUGCCUGCACCCCGCGCCGCCGCAGCCCCCGCCGCCCGGGCCGCUGUCGCAGCACCCGCCCGUGCCCCCCGCCGCCGGCGGGCCGCUCGCGGGGCAGCCGCGCAAGAGCAGCUCGUCCCGUCGCAACGCGUGGGGCAACUUGUCCUACGCCGACCUCAUCACCAAGGCCAUCGAGAGCUCGGCCGAGAAGCGCCUCACGCUGUCGCAGAUCUACGAGUGGAUGGUCAAGAGCGUGCCCUACUUCAAGGAUAAGGGCGACAGCAACAGCUCGGCGGGCUGGAAGAAUUCAAUUCGUCAUAAUCUGUCACUACACAGCAAGUUCAUUCGUGUGCAGAACGAAGGAACUGGAAAAAGUUCUUGGUGGAUGCUCAAUCCAGAGGGAGGCAAGAGUGGAAAAUCCCCCAGGAGAAGAGCUGCAUCGAUGGACAACAACAGUAAAUUUGCUAAGAGCCGAGGCCGAGCUGCCAAGAAAAAAGCAUCCCUCCAGUCUGGCCAGGAGGGUGCUGGGGAUAGCCCUGGAUCUCAGUUUUCUAAGUGGCCUGCAAGCCCUGGCUCUCAUAGCAACGAUGACUUUGAUAACUGGAGUACAUUUCGUCCUCGAACUAGCUCAAAUGCUAGUACUAUUAGUGGAAGACUUUCCCCUAUUAUGACAGAACAGGAUGAUCUUGGAGAUGGGGAUGUGCAUUCUAUGGUGUACCCACCAUCUGCUGCAAAGAUGACUUCCACUCUGCCCAGUCUGUCUGAGAUCAGCAAUCCUGAAAACAUGGAAAACCUUUUGGAUAAUCUCAACCUUCUCUCAUCACCAACGUCAUUAACUGUUUCGACCCAGUCUUCACCUGGCACCAUGAUGCAGCAGACGCCAUGCUACUCAUUUGCUCCACCAAACACCAGUCUGAAUUCACCCAGCCCAAACUACCAAAAAUACACUUAUGGCCAAUCCAGCAUGAGCCCCUUGCCCCAGAUGCCUAUGCAAACACUUCAGGACAACAAAUCGACUUAUGGAGGUAUGACUCAGUAUACCUGUGCACCGGGGCUUUUGAAGGAGUUACUUACUUCAGACUCUCCUCCCCAUAAUGACAUUAUGACACCAGUUGAUCCUGGGGUGGCCCAGCCCAACAGCCGGGUUCUUGGCCAGAAUGUGUUGAUGGGCCCUAAUUCGGUCAUGCCAUCCUAUGGCAGCCAGGCAUCUCAUAACAAAAUGAUGAGUCCCAGCUCCCACUCUCACCCUGGACAUGCUCAGCCAACGUCUGUGGUUAAUGGGCGUGCCUUGCCCCAUGCGGUAAACACCAUGCCCCACACCUCAGGUAUGAACCGCUUGGGCCCAGUGAAGACAUCUUUACAAGUGCCUCUGCCUCACCCCAUGCAGAUGAAUGCUCUGGGGGGCUACUCCUCUGUGGGCAGCUGCAAUGGCUACGGCAGGAUGGGCAUUCUCCACCAGGAGAAGCUCCCAAGUGACUUGGACGGCAUGUUUAUCGAGCGCUUGGACUGUGACAUGGAGUCCAUCAUUCGGAAUGACCUCAUGGAUGGAGAUACGUUGGAUUUUAACUUUGACAAUGUGUUGCCCAACCAAAGCUUCCCGCACAGUGUCAAGACGACAACGCAUAGCUGGGUGUCAGGCUAAGGGUUAGUGAGCAGGCUAUACUUAAAAGUACUUCAAAUUGUCUGACAGCAGAACUGAGAGAAGCAGUCCAAAGAUGUCCUUCACCCCUCUUUUUCAUUUUCUUGAUUAAAAAAAAAAAAGUUUCUUUUUUCCUUUCGUCAGACUUGGCAGCGAAGACACUUUUCCUGUACAGGAUGUUUGCCCGAUGUUUGCAGGUUAUGUGCUGCUGUAGAUAAGGACUGUGCCAUUGGAAAUUUCAUUACAAUGAAGUGCCAAACUCACUACACCAUAUAAUUGCAGAAAAGACUUGGAUCCUGGUGUGCUUUCAAGUUUUGUAUAUAAGCAGUAGCUACAGAAUUGUAUUUGUGUGUGUUUUUUUUUAAAAAUACCCAUUUGGUCCAAGGAAAGUUUUUACUCUUUUUGUAAUACUGUGAUGGUCUCAUGUCCUUGAUAAGUUAAACUUUUGUUCGUACUACCUGGGUUCUGCUGAACUGAUGAAUCACAAAGUACCAAGCUCUUCAUACUGCACCUCCGUUGAACAGUUUUGGACCUGUUCUUAUUGCCACAUGAUUUACAUGAGAACCAAUAGCCUGUUAUUAAUCUGCUGAAUCAACGGACUUGUCACACUCUCGAAGGAAAAAAAAAUAAUUAAACGCCAGCCUUGUACAGGUCUUUUCUAUUUUUUUUGUUUGUUUAUUUUGUUAUUUGCAAAUUUGUACAAACAUUUAAAUGGUUCUAAUUUCCAGAUAAAUGAUUUUUGAUGUUAUUGUUGGGACUUGAGAUCAUUUUUGGAAUAGAUAUUGAACUGUAAUGUUUUCUUAAAACUAGAGUCUACUUUGUUACAUAGUCUGCUUGUAAAUUUGUGGAAUCCCAGAUAUUUGAGGCAGCAUCCAUAAUUUUCAUUUUGUAUUUCUAACUGGAUUAGUACUAAUUUUAUACGUGCUUAACUGGUUUGUACACUUUGGGAUGUUACUUGGUGAUGUUACUGACUAAUCUUAAAAUCAUUGUAAUUAAUACUUGCAUACUCAACAUUUCUGGCCCUAUUUUGGCAGGAGAGUGAUAUAUAGCUAUAGACAUUUCGCAUUUCAUGUUUAGGAGAAUUUAAUAUGGUUUUUUAUACGUAUUUUAAAGAAACUCCGUCAACUUCCAAUGAUCCAUGAGCUAAGCACACCAUAUAGCAUUGCGUCAUCUCAUAAGAUGGCAAUGUGCUGUGUGCUGUGCCAGUUCCUCCAGGGAGGCCUUGUAAUGUUUGUAGAUCAGAAUUGGCGGUGGGAGUAGGGCAGAGGAGGGAUGUCUGCAUCUAAAACAUUGCUCCUUUCUCAAACUAGGGCUUUUUUGAUCAACUUAAAAUUUUUGAGGUGAGUUCAGCAGAGUUUCCCCUCAGAUUCCUGUGCUCUUAUUCUGGUACAGGUUGGAGGCUGGUUGUGUAGCUCUGCGGGAUCAUGUGAACACUCACCCUUCACACACACACACACACACACACACACACACACACCCUCUCCCACUUCUGCAGAGUACUUAGCAUGCUGUGGAAAUUUAAGUCAAAGGGAGAACUUUUUAAAUGGGACUUUAGUGGUUUGUAGAAAUGCUUUGUGUUCAUGAGUGCAGAUGGCUACCAAAUGGAAUAGAACUUGUUUUAAAUUGGGGCAUUUAAUUUGAAAACCAAUAAACCAGCUGUAAGUUGUAUAUUUGAAUGUAUUUUUAAAAGUCUUUGCGUACGUUAAAAAUUGGAGACUUUCUUUAACCUUUAAUAACCUAAACUGUAAUUCUGAUUAUGAUUUAAUAUUUUUCAAUUAUAAGUAACUGACUGACAGACCAAGUUAAUUGGCUUUGCCUCCCAUUUAAUCCAUCAGUAUUUUCAAGUCACAUGGAAUGCCCAAAGUGGAACAGGUGCACAAAAAUGUUCCACUUGCCUUCUUGAGGGCUCUGAUUUCUGUGCACUUAACUCAAAUCACACUUACUUUGUCUUGCAUAUGAAUCGCAUCUCUGUUGGGUUUUCCUACAUAUUUAACAAAAAACAAGUGUACCCAAUUGAUUUCCUAUAGGAGGCCAGCUCUGUUGUAAAUUUUCCACUGUGACUUCUACCAUUUUGAAAAUUUAUUAAACAGCCACCUCUCUGACCAUCCUCAUUGUUGGCUUCUCCAAAAUGUUUGGUUUUAGAAACUUUAGUUCCUCUAAGCAGUGCCUCUUGUGCAUGUGAUAAAACUUGUUGGUGCCAGAGUACUCAUGUUCGUUUUGUUAUCAAGUGCUACCACUCCCUUCCUAGGGUACCCUUACUCCGUAGCCUCACAGCCCUUCAGGGAGGCAACUACAGCUAAAAUCAUGGUUAAAAUCUUGCUACUUUUUGGAGUGACUUUUAAAAAGAUGUUUCUUCCUACUGAGUCUAUGUAAAUAUAUAUUUUUAUCCUUCAAAUUUUUUUUGUGUUGAAAUUCUAAACAUGAAUCCUGGGUAGCUCUCCUGGGGUACAGUGAAGUCCAGUGAAAAGCACCUUGUCUAUUUUGAAAACAUUAUGUGACCUCUUGUACUUCUUUUUCUGUACGAAGACUGACUUUUUGGAGCAAUUAGUAUAUCAGUUAUUGUACAUGAUUGCUUUGUGAAAUGUGCAGAUGUUAUCAUCUAUGCAGCCUUGUUUGAUUUAUUUCCUCUGGUUUGUACUGUUAUUAAAAGCAUAUUGUAUUAUAGAGCUAUUCAGAUAUUUUAAAUAUAAAGUAUUGUUUGCGUAAUAUAAACGUAUGGAAUAUAUUUAGGUAAUAGCUGUAUUACUGGAAAGUUCUGCUUUGACAACUGACAGUCUAAAUUAAUUAGCAAAUGUUGUGUCCCAGUGAGCAGUAGUAAAUGGAACAUCCCAAGAAGAGGAGAAAGGACACUUAAAAUGGAAACAGUUCUCCAAAGGUAUCCAAUUUGGACUUGUUCAACUGCUGGAUAUAUGUUACCAGUGCUCCCCACCUCCCUAACCUUACCCCUUUCUUGAAAUUCUUAUAUUCAGCUCUUAAGAGUUCUUAAUUUAUAACUGGCUUUGAACUAAGAAGUUUCUCUUGUGGUUUUAGUUUGGGAGUAAUCAUUCAGUAAAACAUGCAGUGUAGUUUAUGCAAACAAAACAGCCUGGCAUUACUCUUGGCCUCCUCCUUGAGAGUGGUGCACUGCUUGGCAGUGUGGCCAGGGGUAGCCACCUAAGUCCUGUUAGGACAUAGUCAUGCCCUCCGAGCAUUUCGCUACUCGAGUUUAGUAACAGUGCAGAUUCCAUGUUCCUGUUCCGAUACUCUCUGAGAAGUGCCUGAUGAUGCUGAUGUACUUACAGACACAAGAACAAUCUUUGCUAUUACUGUAUAAAGCCAUAAAUGUACAUAAAUUAUGUUUAGUGCUUUGGUGUCUUUCUUUCCUAAUUGUGCAAAAUAAGCUUUUUCUUAGAUUUUAAAAAGUUUAGCUAUCACUUGGUUUAAACCUUGUCAGCCACAGUGCCAUGGUUUAUCAAAUCUGGUAUUUCCUUUGGAGGGCGGGAGGAGGGGAACAGUCCCUCUGGGACCAAACCGUAGCCCAAGAGAGUUGGAGAACAAGUAAAAUUCCUGAUAACAGACAACCCUGGAGUACUUCAUCUUUGGAAUGUCUGAGACGACAUCCGGUAUAGUAAUUACUAUAAGCUUACUAAAUCUUAUGUCAGAACAGACCUGUGCUAAACAUAAGAACACCUAACAGUAAGUUAGGGUCUUGCUAGGAGGUCUCUGAGCCGGCACGGACUAGGAUGUAGGGAACAGUGCUUUCCAAGGCUGGUGUGUGCCUGACACUGCUUCACACUCCUGCUGAAGGGGGAGAAUUGCAUCCUCCUUUACUGCGAUUUGGAGGUUUAUAUGUUUGAUUUUUUUUUUUUUCCCAGAAAAAUACUCAAGGAAUGAGCUAAGAUUAGAUUAGUGUGGUUAAAAUACAUUUUAAAACCAGAUCAUUCCCAAUCUUCUUGCUUCUAACUCUUGUACCUUGUGAGUGAGUGAGUUGGAAUAGCAACAAAGAAAUAUCUGUUCAGACCCCAGAAGAUCAGUCUAUAUUUCAGGGUGGUUUUUAUUUCCCCUUCCAGAAAUGGAAUCCUUUCUUUAAAGACAUGGUAGAAAUCCAGAGUAUAGAACCAUAAAAUCAUCUAUUCCCAGGCCUUGUGGCUCAUGCACAGAUCUCUGAAAACUGCUGAUCUAGGCUAAAUGCAGCAAACCAGUUUGUACUGCCAGAACUCAAACCAGCAGACUCCUUUCCUAAACCCUCUGCACAUAUACACAGAACUCUAAAGUCACUUACUGAGACUAGUUCCAAGUUUUGCAUUACUUGAUAAGAGGAAGCAACACAGCAGGAAAGUUUUCCUGAUAAACCCAGUGGGCAGAGCUCAACUCUUAGUGUAGAGGGAGAGGCUUCCUUCCUUGGACAGUAUCUAGGCCCCUGCUGUGGGAGAUGACAGCAGAAUCAGGAUGUGUAUCCAGGAUUGUUUCUUGACCUGUGAACCGACCAUUCUGAAGGACUUUGCCUUGGCUGUUGUUUCUCCAUGUUUGAGCUGACCUAUAACCAUGGUGUGCUGUUAAAUUUAAACUGGUUGAUGUGGCUAGGCAGGUGGAGUGCCAUUUCAAGAGAUGCCACACUAAGUGGCAGGCUCUGAAGCUGUCACCUACAUGAUGAACCUUGUCUCAUAUGAAUGCUCAUUACAGGCCCAUGAGCCAGCCUCUGGGCUGGGCAAUGACCUUCAAAAUGAGGGUCUAUUCAUGGUAGAUGCCCUCAUUCUAAUUUACUGUUAGUAUAAAAAAAUUAUACUUGUGAUAACUUACAUGAACUUAAACAUCUUAAAAAGAUGUUUUCCAGUUUAAGAAACUGAAAAGUGAGAGAAGUUUUUCAUGGCAUGGAAAAGGCUUGAUCAGGAAAAGAAGACAGGUAGUCCUAGGUGGUGGUGGUAAAUGCAUCACGGCAUGAAAUGGAGACGGCUGCCAUGGGAGCUGAAGGAUUUGGAUCCUGCCACUGGAGGAGCUACAGGAUGGCAUGAACACCUAGAAGUGUUCUAAAGAACUUUCAGGUUUGCAGGUGGUUGUGAGAGGAGGUGCAGACUUCUGGUUUUGGCAAGAAGAGGAGAAAGUGCCACGCUGAGGGGGACAUUCACCUCUUACAGGAAGGAGAUAAAGAUUAGGGCCAACUUUUCUUAGUUUGAGUAGUGAUAGGACACUAUCUUUGUUCUCCUGCCUUGUGCUGGUAAAUGAACUCAAAGGCUAGUGAAAUUCCUUGCAAUUAGGACCUUCAUCACGUUUGCAUUUUCCAAAAGUGGAAGACCUAGCUGCUCAGUGUGCCAUUGGUAGAAAGUAGAGAUUUCAUUUUUCAAGAAGAAAGAGGCAACUUCAUGAGUGCUGUUGUUCAUUCUUUAUACCUCAUUACUUCUGUAAGUUCCAGUCCUCUAUAUUCAACUUGCAGAAUUUCCAUGCUGAUGGUAAUAUGUUCCUGUCCUGCUGGAGUUUCCACAAUCGUGGGACUAAAGCAUGACCAAAUUCUGCCCCAGUGAGACAGCUGCUUAGAGCUCACAGAGGGUCAUUUUAUGCCAGAUUUUUCUGAUGAGUGGGCUCAAGAAGAAGUCCAUUUUACACAUUAGUGCAUGGUUCCAUUAGAAGCCAGAGAUGCCACUGCUUCAUCUCUGUUGGUGGCAGGGAAACUUGGGAGUGUUGGCAGAGCAGUAAGCCUCUCAGAUGCUUAGGCAGUGAUUUCCUGCAGAUAAGGUAAGUUGAGGGUAUUUUCUGCUACCUGCCUCACAGGUUUGAUGUGAGGAUUAGAGGAUGAGAUAAUGUCUGCAGUGGCUUCCUGUGUCAGGGAGAAAGACUGUGCAUACGAAUUGGUGUCAGUGUAGAUAAUAGUAGGCCUUGGGGAUUUAUUUUCUUAGUGGGGCUUGUGGGUAGUCAGCAUUUCCCUGCAGGAGAAGUAGGAGAGCUGCUUGCUUGUGUUCUGAUGCUUUUCUGCAGUCCUCCUUUUAAGAAGGUAAAUGCAUACACAGUUUGUCAUACUCAUGCACAGGAUCGCUGGUAGGCUUCUCUGUAACUCUAGAGGUACUUUGUACUAAGUUGUAAAGCCAUUGUGUGCCCAGUGCAGACUGAUUGUGGUAUGUAUUUCUCUUGAAGUUCUCCCUGGACCAAGGAAAUUUGGAGACAUUUUAGGUUAUUUGAUCUCACUCUCGUCAUGUUUACCAGGUAGAUUGGAGGGAGCCAACUUCAUGUGCCAUUUUUAGACUGUCCUGUAAAAUAGGGAAAGAUGUUGGAGCCGCAGUGUAGGCUGGAGUCUGACUCCAUUUCAUGAAAACUGAUGGUAAAUUUGCAGGAAUAUUGGGAGCCGAUUUCAAAUGCCACCAUUAUUAGCAAAUAAGAUUAUAAUUAGAUAAGAUAUUAAAGAAAGGUAGUAACUACUCAAUUCAUCAUGUCAGAAUGAACUACAUUUUACUCUUGACAUAGGUUGCUUGUAUUUACCUGCAUGGUAGGAAUACUGGCUUGCUGAGACUGAACAAAGUUUCAGUUUAACGAAUAAAAUUGGAAUGAAGGUGAGAAAUAGUUUAACAGUAAAUCACAUCGGAUAAAUGAAUUGGGAACAUAAGCUUGCUGAGAAAAGAGCUAGCUGGUGGGUUGGGAUGCCGGUCAAUUAGUCAAAUCCUGGCUGAAUUUCCCUUUUAUGUUGACUACACAUAAGAGUUCAGUAAAAACCAGUGAAAGCAUUCUGUGAGAAUCAGUUGACCUGAUAAGAGUUUACAAUAAAGAGUACUGAAUAUUUUAUUUGUAAUUUAUGUGCCACUCAUCCUUGAAUCAGUAAGUUCGCAUGAACGUGUACGGAUAACCAAGCACAUGUUACUUGCCUGCAAAGCCAGCUGUUAAACAGCUGACUGGGUGCAAGGAGGCCUUACAGGGCUGGGAGUGUGGGUGGCACAGAACAGGUAGGGUGGAAAUAAGGAAAAGAGAGACCAGGAAGUUGUGAGGUAGAGGGCGUGGCCAUGGCAGGGUGACUAAGGCAGUGAGGCAGGGGUCAGAAUAUCUCUAAGAGUCUGGAGAUUGCAUGGAGUAUGCAAAUUAGACCUUUGAACCCAUGAAGGGGACUGGGGUGGAGAGAGGGUUUCAAAUUCAGGUGUCCUAGCCAUUAACACAAGGGAGAAAUCAGGAGGCAGGUACAAGUAUAGGUCCAGUGAUGAGGACGUUUACCCUGAAGUAGCUGGAUGCCCUAAAUGUCCACAGAGGUUUAACUGGUAAACAUGAGGGUUGAAGAUCGUGGAGUGGAAAAGGACUACAAAAAGAUAACCAGUUCUGCUUUUGAGACUCAUCAUUGGUUUGUCAAAUGGGAAUCAUUACACCUACUUACAGAGUAACUGGGGGAAUUAAGGGACUUGAGUUAAUAUUCUAUCACAGCGCCUGGCACCUAGAAAGAGCUAAAAAAAAAAAAUUGGGUGACCGAACAUUCUGGGUUGUCCAAGACAGGUUUGGGCAAACUGUGCCCGACACAAUUACAGCUGCUCUCAUCAUGCUGAAGUGUUCAGGAUUGGGUGCUUAGUUAUAUGUUCACCUUAUAAGCAAAUGAUUUCUUUUCAGUUAAUUACUUCCAAGAGUCCACACCUCACAAUGGAAAGAAAUCCCAGUAGAUGAGAGGACUUGAAGCUGGAGGCUGGAGCCUUACUCCAAAGGAAUGUUAGCUGGAUGUUUAAUAGCAUAGAUUUCUUUCUGGCCUUCCUUUGCAUUCUCAUCUCCAUGCAUCGGUCACACCUCGCAACUGUUUCCCUUUGUGCUUCCUUCCAGCCUUUCUCAUGCUUGAUGUGUCUUUCUGAAAUGCCUUUCUCCUGCUUUCUUUGUCAACCACAGUACAACUUAGAACCUUCCCCUACCCUUCAAGCCCACCUCAGUCCGUUGUUACUUGCCCAGGUGGGCUAGAUGAGUUUCAGGUCCCCUUUUCCAGACAUGUGGCUAUGUUUAGCUCUACAUAAAUAAUAACCCACAGUAGCCCUUCCAAGUCACCGUAUAGCCAUCCUAUCACAAAAUUCAGAGCCAAGCCAGACUGACUGGUGUCAUCACCAAGCUCCCUGUGACCCGAUCAAGGCAGUUGACCACUGAACAUAGUCUAAGGCGUUCCUCCUGGGCGAACCACUCUGUGUCUGCCAACAUUCCAACAAAUUAAAAGCAGACCAAGAAACCCAAGGUAUUUUGACAAGUCUGGAGCUGCUGUUCACUUUCUUUAACCAAGGAAAGUUCAAAGGCAUAUGACCACUGAUGAAAUGCCUGAAAGGGAUCAUUGGCUUUUCUUCCGGCCAGUCCUCCCCACAGGCUGCAAAAUCCUCCCUUUCCAUGUAGCUUUACUUUGGGUAAGGGGCCAGAGCCAGGUCCUUUCACUGAGCUCCCCCCUCCCAAAUUGCCAUUGACAAGGCUGAAUAUCAAUUCUUCUGCUUACCCCCAGGAAGGGGAGUGUGUCUUUAUAGACAGCUAGGUCGUCCGAUCCUGGAACAGUCAUAGCUUCUCAGUUCAACAACAGCAGCAAACAAAUAGGCAGUUUGUUAUUUGUUUUCACAGAACCUCACCUGCAAAAUCCUU